UCUGUACUACCGCAAAACUUCUGCAUAUGAAAUGUUUCAAAAGAAGGAGCUGGUGUGGCUUAUUUGUCACUAAAGUGAACUAUAUUGCAUAUAAAAUAUUCUUCUUUGCAGCAAAAGAUGACAUCUACGUUUUUGCUCAUUGGUCUUCUCAUUCUACUGAUACCUCUGUUCAGUGCUGAAAAAUGCAGUAUUUGUGAUUACUUUGUGCUUGUUGGAGAGCCUACAGCUAUUAGUUGCCCAAUAAUUACAUUGUCAGUGCUUUACUCUGACUACAAUCUGACGUGGUAUAAAAAUGGUAGUGCUACACCAGUAACCACAGACAGAAACGCCAGGAUCCAUCAGCGAGAGGGCUUGCUUUGGUUUAUUCCUGCAACGCUGGAGGAUUCUGGGCUUUAUGAAUGUGAUGUAAGGACCCCUAACCACUCUAACAAAAAAACUAUAAAUUUAACAGUUUUUAAGAACGACAACAAUUUGUGCUUUAAUGGAAAGAUGAAGUUUGAACAAAAAGUGACAAGCACAAACACCGGAAAGAUUAUAUGCCCUGAUCUAGAAUAUUUUAAAGAUGAAGACAAUGAUCAGCCUGAAGUACAUUGGUAUAAGGAGUGCAAGCCUGGAUUUCUUGAAGACAAGAGACUUCUUUUGGCAGAGGGUGAAAAUGCUGUCUUGAUUCACAAUGUAACUGUACAAGACAGAGGAAACUACACAUGCCGUAUGGUAUACACCUAUAUGGGAAAACAAUAUAAUGUUUCACGAACCAUAAGUCUAGAGGUUAAAGAAGGACCACGGCGGAUGAGACCAGAGUUUAUUUAUCCGAAGAACAAUACAAUUGAAGUAGAACUUGGCUCUCAUGUAGUUAUGGAAUGUAAUAUAUCAAGUGGCAUAAAUGGCUUGAUUCCGUUCUGGCAAGUUAAUGAUGAGGAUGUUGAUAGCUUUGAUAGCACCUACAGGGAACAGUUUUAUGAAGAGGCGAUGCCUCAUGGACUUGCUGUAUCUGGAACAAAAUUUAAUAUUUCAGAAGUGAAAGUAAAGGAUUAUGCUCAUAAAUUUUUCUGUCACGUCAUAUAUGGUUCUCAACAAUUUACAGCCUACAUCAAAUUGGAUCGCCCGGCUCAGAACAUUCAGGGUUACUUAAUUGGAGGAGGAGUUUCUUUGGUAUUUUUAUUAUUUUUUAUUCUCUUCAUCUACAAGAUCUUCAAAAUUGAUAUUGUGCUUUGGUAUCGGGACUCCUGCCACCCUUUCCUGGGUAAAAAAGUUUCAGAUGGGAAGAUCUAUGAUGCUUAUGUUCUGUAUCCAAAGAACAGAGAAAGUUGCUUGUAUUCAUCAGAUAUUUUUGCUCUGAAGAUACUGCCAGAGGUCUUAGAGAGACAAUGUGGAUAUAGCCUCUUCAUAUUUGGGCGAGAUGAUUUACCAGGAGAAGCUGUGAUCAGCGUUGCUGAUGAAAAAAUCCGUCAAAGUAGAAGAGUGAUAAUUGUGUUAGUACCAGAACCUUCCUGUUACAAUAUUCUAGAAGAUGUGUCUGAAAAGCAGCUAGCCAUGUAUAAUGCUCUUAUCCAAGAUGGCAUUAAAGUGAUUCUCAUUGAACUUGAAAAAAUACAAGAUUAUGCAACCAUGCCAGAAUCCAUCAAAUAUGUUAAGCAAAAGUAUGGUGCUAUCCGCUGGAAAGGGGACUUCUCAGAAAGGUCUCACUCAGCAAGUACCAGAUUCUGGAAGAAAGUGCGCUACCACAUGCCAUCCAGAAAAAACGGAUCUUCACCAGGAUUGCAUUUGUUACCACGAGACUUUAAUUCUCCCUAAAUAACAAAAGAAAAAUGGCACUUAAUGACUAAUUCAGUUCACAUAGUAAGUGAUGGAUUGAUUGAAGGUCACAUGUAUCUGUUUUGUGCAGACAAUCUUAUCCAAAUUUUCUGGAUUGAAGGUACUACAACUUCGUCUACAGAAGUGGAUAUUUUUUUCUUCUGGCCAGAUCAACAGACCGCCUUGAAAUGUCAUCAGUAGCACAGCGAUGACAUGGAAACCAUGUAGGAAGCACAUGAGGCCUUUUCCAAGAAUGGCACUGUGAUUUGUGGAAUUCUGUUAGUAUUAAAAAUGGAGGGGGGGAAAAAAACCCAGAAAACUUGCUUUUUUUGCAAUUAAAGGUUGAAUAUGAAGGGAACGAUAUUAAUUAUGAUUGUGAUACUAUGUAAUGGGCACUGUUGAUGCCAGUAUAUUUUUUUGUUUCAAUUUUUGUAAUGAAAUUACACAAAACUUUUGUUACAAGUUCAUUAUUUGCCUAGCUCAGUUUGCUGAAAGAUAAAUCCCUCUGUUACUGAAUCAGUAUGUUAUCAUCCAAGAGAAAAGACAGAGGCAAUCCUAACCCCCCCCAAAAGUGCUAUUGAACCUGACAAAGCAUAAAUACUCUUUCCUGAUCUUUUUUACUUUUUUAGUCACAUGUCCCAUGCAGACAUUGUAAAAAUACCAUUGUAAUGCUGUACUGAGCCAAAAAAAUUAAUCCCCAGAGGAUGUUUUUUUCCAGUUAAGUGGCUUAAUCUAUUUGCUCUCAUUUUACCCAAGUGGAACAAUUAGCUUAUGACACAGACUCCCUCAUGGGGAGUACAAGACGGUCGGCUUCAUCCGCCUUUACCUUAAGGACCAGACCAAGGGGCUUCAGGGCACCCACUUGUCAUGGGUCGCUGUUGCUGAAGAAGAGCAGGUCUUCCCUUCUGUUCUCAGCCAGAGUGCUGGCUCUAGCAUUUGUCAGCUCUGAAACCUGAAGCUGGCUGAACAGACUAAUGUGGCAGAAAUAAUUUUUUUGCUUGGGAUAGUUUUCUCCCAAAUUAGUGAGUUUAUCUGGUUCCCAGAGGUUUCAGAGUGCAAUGGGAGAAGAAAUGGGUGGUGGAACCAUUCCUUUUGGCUCCAGAUGUGUUUAGAAAGUAGACCUAAAAAAGCAUUGUACUCCUUAAAGUGAGAGAGGGAGGGAGAGAUGCCCUGUGUUACCCCCUGCAGCUGCUUGCUUUUCUCCUUUCUCUCUGCCUUGAUGAUAUAAGGAGUCUGAGCUGACUGUACUGAAUUUGGCUGAGGCUGGAUGAAUUGAGGCUGGAGUCUCAGCUUCCAGACAGCUGCUUGGUAAAGGAAGUUGUUAAAACUUACCGUACAUGUUGAAUCCUUUCUCUUGCCAUGUUUUUGUUUUGGUUUUUUUUUAAAAAAAAAACAAACAAACCCAAACCAGUAUUAUGUAUGCCACAACUAUUAACUCUGAAGUUAUGUUUGACUUGUGUGUAGGCAGUGAUGUAGUUUAUAAUGAUCAAUUCUUUUUUCAGGGGAGGGAAUUGAUUUGACUGAUUUUAAAAAGUUUUCAAAUCUGUUUAAUACCAUGCUUAUAGCUAUGGAUUUUGCAGGAGCAGGAGAUGUGAGAGCCAAAAUGCCUCUACUUUUCAGUCUGUCCUUGAAUGUUACAUUUUUAAGUUAUGAGAUCUAGUUGUAUAUGGAAGCCUCAGGAUUUGACUGUUACUGCCCUUAACUGCUGCUUGCAGCUCUGAAUUCCUGUGUGUCCUAUCAGCUUCUCUCUUGCUGCACCUUUUGCUCUGUCUUUUCCUGUGCAGCUCCAUUAUCUUGGAACAAGCAAUUUACUAUUGUAUCAAACUCCAUCACUUUCCAAGCUGUCCUUGAAGGCUGUUGCUAAUACAGUAUUAGGCAGGAAUUUUCAUUUUGAGUUGGUCCUUUGAUAACACCACUUGUUAAUCUGAAAAAGCUCAGGUUCUGCAUUCUUCACAAUUUGUCUCCUCAUUUUGACGCUGCAGUGUUGCCUUUUUCUUCUUUCAUGGCUCAAGCAUUUAUCAUCUUGUGUCUUUCUCCUCGACCAAACAAAACUGAGAGUGAGGUGCCAUCCCACAGAAGAACUGCCCAGUGAAUGUGGGAUGGUGUAACUCUCGUGUUCUGCCUGAUAAGUGACAAAACCAGUGGAAAUAGGUUCCUCUCCUGCCUAAAGUGCUUUGGUUACCUCGGUGUAUGGUGGAAACUUGAAACUCUGGUUUUGAGUGCCUUUGAGCUGUGUGAGUUGAGUGUGUGUUUGGCCAGAUUGGAAUAAGAAUCUCUUCAUUUCAGGAUAGGAGGGGGAAAAAUGCAUUUGAAACAUCAGACUGUUUCAGACUGUCAUGGUACUGGAGUGUUUUACUGAUGACUGGCAUGUGUGUAUAGACCAAUGCACGUGCUUGUGUUCUCUUCUCAUUCUGUGCUUUAGUCAAGACAGAAGUGUCAAGGGAGGAUCAGUUCUGGUCAUGAAGUGCCACAUUCACUUAGCUGUUGCACACAGUCUGCUUUUAAAUACAGUGGUGUUCAGUGACAGCCUGUUGUAGGGUAAGAGAACCUUGAGAUCCAUCUGAGCAAGGCCAAUUGUUACGGUUCACACUGAUAGAAGAAUUUAUUAGGACAGAAGCUGUACGGUUUGGUCACAGAACUCUUCUGUAAGAAGAUCCCUAUUUCAAAUGUGAAGACUAGACACUGGAAGUAUGGUAUUUGUACUCUGACGACUAGGGUAUAAUACUGACUUUGCGCUUCCACCAUGACACCUCGCAGUAUGCAGGCCGACCAACAGCGUUCCAGCGACCUCGGGCCUCCUGAAUUAUUUUUGCUGACUGGAAUAGAUGAAUGAAAAACUGCUACUUGUUAUCCCUACUUUUAGGGAUAGAAAAGUUAUUUUACUGAGCCAAAAUACUGUUUUUUAUAAAAAAAUAUUUGUUCCUUUUGAUAUAUUUAUACAAAUGAUGCUAAAGUUUUCAUGUGUGUUAUGUAAAGGCACUUUGAAGAAAGGUCCAUUUUUUAAUUCAAUAAAGGCACUACAUAUUUUUUUCUUACA